GUAUACAUCAUGUGUUUUGCUGAAGCCCAUUCGCGACCUUGUAUGGAGAGCAGUGCACUCUGGGUAGGAGCGAGAUUGUUUAUAUCUUGAUUUGCAACACAGCGUGCGAGGUCCAUACAAUUAGUGGACGGCAGCACAUGACCCACCCUGCCUUCCUCAUCCAGUGCGCAAAGUGGGCACAAUCUUUCUUUUAUGAACAAAUCUCGAAAAAGUUCAACACGUUCUCAAAGAAAUAAUAUAUGGCUCAAUCCGUCAAUGAAAAUGAUGUUUCACAUUGAUGCGUAUGAUACGUAUGAGCAACCAACCUACAUUUGUGUCGCACAGAGUCAUUUUCAAAUUCAAACCAUGCACUGCUGCUAUAUCUUCUUCGACGUAAAGCUGUAUCUGUUUACAACCGAAAGUGACCUUUAUUCUUUUCAGCUGCUCCAAUGGACAGCAUCUACAUAAAUUGACUUGUGAUAUUUGCGAAGGCAGCAAUUUCCUCGCAAAAGCGGAAUUUUUUUGUCAUGGUGCAUGCAAUGAAUUGAUCAGGUCUACUGGAACAGCUACUUGACUACGUCACCCAUAAUGUCCAAUUUCAUCGCUGGACACUGCGGUAAUCAUCAUACGAUGUCUUUGCUCAACAAUGCGCGUCGUCACCAACGCGAUAUGGGACAGCUAUAGUGCUUUUAAUCUAAAUACAGAG